UUUGACAGCCCGUUACUGAAGAGGCUAAGAAGGAACCCUCAAGCAUGGAUGUUCAAGAAGGGUUUGACAUUACUCUUACAAAGCACCGUGGCCAGUAUGCCCUACGAAAAUUGUAUCAUGAAAGUCCAAGGCUUAUAUGUGUAUUAUAUACAGCACCAACAUGUGGCCCAUGUAGGACUUUGAAGCCAAUUCUUGGUACGGUGAUAGAUGAAUUCGACCAUAAUGUACAUUUUGUUGAAAUUGAGAUUGAGGAAGAUCCGGAAGUAGUAGAAGCAACUGGAAUUAUGGGUACACCAUGUGUUCAGUUCUUCAAAAAUAAGGAAAUGAUCAGGACUGUAUCGGGGGUCAAAAUGAAGAGCGAGUAUUGACAAUUUAUUCAAGCAAAUAGAUGAGAAGGUUAAAGAUUCUAGUUUGCCUGAUGUCCUCAUUUUGUGGUUCAAUUUUGUUCUUCCCAAACAGGCUAGUUGAGUAAGGCCUUCAUUUUACACAAUAUUGUAGCUUGUAUUGAUCAACUAUAUUGUAGAUUACCAUACAUGCAGAGUUGUCAAUGCAUCGUUACGGAAUUU